CGACUUGACUUGUGCGAUCCACUAUAUCACCACUAUUGUCGAUUCUCAUCCCAAGUUGUCGCAAUCUCUCUUUGAUCGCAACCAUGAAGUUUUUUCUCCUACCUAUCUCAACCCGCCGAACCCUACUAUACUGCCAAAAGGUCCAAGUUUUACCAACACACAAGCAAACUUGGGUUGAUAAAGCUACGGUUCGUGCCGCGCAACUCUGGUCUGGCUGGGAAAAGAAGGAGGCAGGUUGGCAAAAAAAGGUUGUUGUUUAUGGUAAUAGCUUGUUGAGAAGGAUCCCUUAUGAAGAAUGGGGGCUCAAAUCUGUACCUCCUCUAUCAACGAGGCGAAGAGAGGAAGAAAUACUAGGGAAGGAUAAGAACCAUCUCGUCUUCCCAGAAACUAUUAUCCCUACGACAAAGGCAACAAGCGUGUUGAGAACACUGGCUACGGAACGAGAGUCGCUACAUAAGAGUAGACUAUUAUGGUGUUUGGUUGGAAUGCCUAUCAGUGCGCCAUUCGCUCUUGUGCCUGUAAUACCCAAUCUUCCUUUCUUCUAUUUAGUAUACCGAGCUUGGUCGCACUGGAGAGCACUUGCAGGGGGGAAACAUCUCCAAUUUCUUUGCGACAAAAACAUAUUGUCUUUAAUGCCAUCUUCAGGGCUGAACUCGAUUUACUCGCCGCUCAUCCCUGACUCUUCAGUUCUGAAAGACCCACUAGCAGGCGCUGACAAAAGCUCAUCCACGCUUAAUAACUCGACACAGCCCGAAGAGAAGAUGUUGCUUUCACAAGAGAAUGGACGACAACUCGUCAAGAUAUUAGAAAUCCCAGAGCUCGAAGUUGAGCUGGAGAGAGCAAUAUGGCAAGUCGAGGGGGCCAUCCGGAGGGCGAAAGAGGCGAAGGUGGAAAAGGAGGAGAGCGCCAAACCAUCAGAUACGACGAAGAACGAAUGAUGAAGCCAUGAGAUCAAGAUAAUAUGCCCCAAGAUCCCUCAUGACGAUAUGACAGUGUAUGGUAAAAAGACAGGUGAUUCGAGGGAGGGGGGGCCAUCUAGU